AUGAAGCCAGUGAUCGGCACAGUGGUAUCGAACAAGAUGCAGAAAUCGGUGGUCGUCGCCGUCGACAGACUCUUCCACAACAAGCUCUUCAAUCGCUACGUCAAGCGCACUUCCAAGUUCAUGGCUCACGACGAGAAAGACUCCUGUAACAUCGGCGAUCGAGUGAAAUUAGAUCCAUCAAGGCCAUUGAGCAAGAAUAAGCACUGGGUUGUUGCAGAAAUCAUCAAGAAAGCUCGAAUCUAUUCUCCUCAAGCAGCAGCUGCUGCUGUUGCUGCUUCAACCACUUCCUCAGCCUCCAUUGCUGACUCUGCUGCUCAGGUUCCUCCAUCCUCCACUGCCUAA